UUAACAUCAAUCGAUAGGGAAUUUUAUUGUCUUUAAUUUAAGACUGCAUAACAGUUCACCCAAACUCGCGAACAAUUUAAAAAAUUGCAUUUUUUACAUAAGAAAUUGUAUGCAUAAUUACUGGUUCGUUAUCACUUCAGGGAACAAAAUGGUGGAUGCGCUCACCUGGUUUAUAUAGAGCCCUACGCCCUGUUGGCCAGCUUACGAGUAGGAACGAAUCAUGUCUAAUUACGAUUGGGAAGAGGUGAAAAAACUUGCAGCCGAUUUUCGAAGAGCUCAGCUCACUUCCAGUGCUCAAAGGUUAUCAGAGAAGAAUUGUGUAGAAAUAGUAACGAAAUUGGUGCACUUGAAACUCUUGGAUGUUGUAUUUACAAACGAUGGAAAGUCGUACAUCACUCCAAAAUAUCUCAUCAAAGAAAUUAGAGACGAGUUACACGUUCACGGAGGCAGAGUUAACUUGAUCGACGUAGCCAAGUUAUUGAACGUUGAUUUCAAUGUUAUCAAUACCCUAGCCCAUGAUAUCAUUAAAGAAGAUACCAAUGUUCGAAUUAUUCUCGGACAGCUAAUUGAUCAUUCCUACGCCGUUCAUGUUGCCGAAGAAAUAAACGAUCGAUUACAACAACAUGGGAUCAUAAGCGUUACUGAAUUAGCGAGAACUUUCGAUUUACCCGGAGAUUUUAUUCACUCUGUAAUAAAAGAAAAUACUGGAAGAAUAAUAGUAAGCGCUAGACAAGAUAAACAAGAUGCUCAAAGUUACUACACCGAAUCAUUUCUAAAUCAGAACAAGGCUGUAGUUCGUGGUGCUUUCAUCGCUAUAACGAAACCAACUCUGAUCAGCACAAUUAUUAGCCACUGUGGGAUCAAGGAGAAUGUAUUAUUUUCUUUAAUAGAUAGUUUGAUAGAAUCCAAACAAAUUCCUGGAGUACUCACCGAGCGAAUUGGAAACGUGUGCACAUACAUUCCUCAAAUAUAUCUCAAAACGCAAAGCGAAUGGGUGAAUAAUUUCUUCCAACAAAACGGAUACUUGGAAUACGAUGCGUUGAAUCGAGUGGGAAUUAAUGAUCCGAAAGGUUUCAUCGCCAAAUCCCUCAAGUCGGAUGAAAAGCUGUUUUAUUUGCAGAACUGCGCAGUUGGUCAACAACUGCUUGAUCAAAUCGAAGCCACGAUUGAAGAAGUUUUAGCAUCUCGAUCGUGGACUAAUAUUUUGAAUGUUCUUCCAACCGUCAUCGACACCGACGAUGCGGAGAUAUUGUUGAAAAAUGUCACCGAUAAACAACGCUUUUCGUCCAGUAUUCGUGUUUUUAACCAUUCGUACGCCGUAUCCGAUAGUUUUUUGAAUAAAAUUCAAUCAAACAUCGCCGAAAAAAUUAUACCAGAGAAUGUAGAUAAGAUGAUAAAUUCUGGAAAAUACGAGCAAUAUGUGAUCGAAUCUAAACUGAAUAACGCCAAUGACGAAAGCGAAAAGCGUGAACUGUCUAGAAAAGAAGAGCGUAAAAAACGAACAAAUGUUGGUAAAAGUGGAGGUGGCACCCAAGGAAGAGAAACUAAAACGAGAGUAACCAAAAAGAAAUACGGUCAAAAAAGUACCAACAAGGCGGACUCUGACGAAGAAGAAUCGAAAAACCAUGGAAUAUCCAUCGCUCUGGAACUUGUCACUUACGAUGAGAUUAGAAACGUGAUCGAGCUCGACGAAUCGUUUCAAGAUGAAUCCGACGAUUGUGCAGAUUUCAUCGAAGAACUGCUACAAUAUUUCUAUCCCUCGAUUAACAAAACAGCGUUGAGUUUGGCUCAAUCGGCUUACGAAACGCGUCUAGCAAAUUUGCACAACACCAAACGCAAAAUGAACGCCGAGUUACAAGACAGUAUCAUAUCGACGUAUCAGAACCUGAAACAUUAUUACAAAGGGAUUAAAGAAUUCAACGAUGCCGAAUGUCAACUCCAGUUGUCUAAAUAUCUACUGAAGUCGACUGGAACGCAGUUGAUCAAUACCUGUUUCACAUUCAUCAGCGAUAAGAACGAAGAUAUUAGUUCCACCGAGGCACGUAAUAAAGUAUUAUCCACUAUUGACAAUAAAGAACUCAAGGAAACGUUCGUUAAAUUAAAUAAAAGUGUUGGCGGAAAUUCAGUCGAUGAAUUUAUGAAUGCUGUUGAAGAUGCUCUCGCGAUUUUGAAUAUAAUGAUGAAGAAAAUGGAUAAGAAAAAAGAGAAAACGCUACUAGAAUCUCACAGACAAGCAUUGAUCGAAAAGCUAAAAGAAACCGAAGACCCGCCGCUGGUUUUGCAUCUAGUUUUGUUGAUAUUGUUUCAAAAUAUCACGCAGAAUAUUUUAAACGCUUCUGGUCGUUUUGUGUCUAAUAUUUUGUCCUUGCUCGGAGAACGCAUCGAUGAAAAUAAUUUUGCUGUGCUCCAACAAUAUCACGGAAACGUGCUGAAAUUGUUCAAACUCAGUGAAGAUGACGAAGAUUAUGUGAAAAUAUCAGAAGAACUGAAGGAAGUUACGGAAAAAGUCAAACAAAUGGCUCUAACUUUUUCAAAUAAAUAAUUUCGUUGUUAGUUUAUUUUUACACAUUACAAUUUUUGUUUUAAAA